UCCGUUCUCGUCACCGUCAAAGUCUCGCGAGAACAGCGUCACUUCCUCUUCGCUCGGAACAUACUUCCAAGAUGUCUCUGGUCAUUCCUGAGAAGUUCCAGCACAUUCUCCGUGUUCUCAACACGAACAUCGAUGGCAGGAGGAAGAUCGCCUUCGCCAUCACUGCCAUCAAGGGUGUUGGCAGACGUUACGCUCACGUCGUCCUGAGGAAGGCCGACAUCGACCUCAACAAGCGGGCCGGAGAGCUGACUGAUGAUGAGGUUGAGCGUGUGGUCACCAUCAUGCAGAACCCUCGCCAGUACAAAAUCCCAGACUGGUUCCUCAACAGGCAGAAGGACGUCAAGGACGGCAAAUACAGUCAGGUGCUCGCUAACGGUCUGGACAACAAGCUGAGAGAAGAUCUGGAGAGGCUGAAGAAGAUCAGGGCUCACCGGGGUCUCAGGCACUUCUGGGGUCUGCGUGUGCGUGGUCAGCACACCAAGACCACCGGCCGCCGCGGGCGCACCGUCGGUGUGUCCAAGAAGAAGUAAACUCUGCUGCUUCUUUUUUGUUUCAAUAAAACAGUUCAAAAUCA